AUGGCACAAGAUCAGUACAAGUUCGUUUUCACUGCUAAAGAAGCAGAAUCGGAAGGCGUCACCGAACCCAUGAGGCUUCCAAAUCUGAUCGGAAAGGCGAUGUCACUCGCUCUGGCUCCAAUCUCCAAAUACAAAGUCGGAGCCGUUGGACGCGCACGAUCGGGUCGGAUCUACUUAGGCGUCAAUGUCGAAUUACCAGGUCUUCCUCUUCACCACUCCAUCCACGCCGAGCAAUUCCUCGUCACCAACCUCGCACUCAACUCCGAGAAAGGCCUCCAUCUGUUAGCCGUCACCAUCUCUACUGACGGUAACGAUUUCGGCGCACCGUGUGGAAACUGCCGCCAGUUUCUUAUGGAGAUCAGCAAAGCCCUUAACAUCAAAAUCCUGCUCAAAUCAAAAUAUGAAGCAGAAGGGUCAUUCAAGAGCCUUAGACUCCUCCUUCCGGACAGAUUCUCUCCCGACGAUGUCCUCCCAAAGGGUUCCCCUCUCCUUCUCGAGAAGCGCCAUAACUGCCUCAGCCUUUCGGGUUCUGCCGAAGAGAUAUGCUCAUCAGAUUGUUCCCAUUUGAAGUGCAAGGCUCUAGCCGCGGCAAACAAUUCGUUCUCGCCGUACACUAACUCUCCGUCGGGAGUGGCGCUGCAGGAUGACGACGGGAACUGGUACCGUGGAUGA